GUAUAUUUGUAAUAAUAUUACUUUUGAAUAUUUUAAUGAAAGAUAAAUAUUGAAUGUGUGUGAGCGGGUGGGUAGACAGCACAAUAAUGACUAGACAGCACAAUAAUGAGUACAACAGCAAACUAUGUGGUGGUGGGACAUGUUGUACUUUGACCCUUCUCGCUUGCCGUCGCUGCAAAGAAGCCAAGCCGUGACUGAGAUGAGAAGAAAGAGAAGAUCCCCGCACAGACUUUGAGUGACACAGAAUCAUGUGCGACACAUGACAGAGACAUGGCGCAACAUCACUUCUUUUAUCUGGUUCUAAUGGCCGUGUGUGUGGCUCCUUUGGCAGCGGGACCUGCUGAGUCUCCCUACAAGCAACACAGGAGCCUAAAGAUGGACCAAGCUGUCCUGACGGUCAUCAAUCAGCUGGACACGGAGGUUGUCGUGUCCUGGCUGUGUGAGCGCUGCUACCAGUGUCUCUAUCAGCAGCUGGGUGUAGUCCCUGCUAGGACCAGUCCAGACCACAACAACUCCCAGGACUUCCUGCUCAGCAGCCAGCAUGCAAUCACUCUACAAGUCAACAGCAGCCUGCUCCUCUGCACACUGGUGUUCCACUUUGGAGAGCAUGGCAACUAUUCUCUGUGGCUGAGGAACACCAGCAGGUCUACAGUCAACUGUUCCUUGGAGACUGAUAGAGAAGCAGUCAACAGCUACAUACCCAUCUUGGUCGCAGUCCUGGUCUUUGGAGGAUUGGCCUUAAUGUUUGUUCUUCUGAGAGCCAUCAUGGGACUGAAUGUGGUGAGUGCACUCCUCUUCCGAAUUGGUGGUACCUUUGAGACCCAGAGACUCAUUAACUCUGAACUGGGCUCCCCUGGCAGGACGGUGACACCAGUUACGGACAACAUCCUCCCACCACCUCCCAGUCCCAGCAAGAGGCUGAGAUCUUUGGACACAUUCCGAGGGUUCUCCCUGGUUGUCAUGGUGUUUGUCAACUACGGAGGCGGCAGAUACUGGUUCUUCAGGCAUGAGAGCUGGAAUGGACUGACCGUUGCAGACCUGGUCUUCCCUUGGUUUGUGUUCAUCAUGGGAACAUCCAUCGCCCUGUCAGUCAACUCACUGCUGCGCUCGGGCUGCAGCCGCAUGUCCCUGCUGAAGAAGGUGGUGUGGAGGAGCCUGCAGCUCUUCAUCAUGGGUGUGCUGGUCAUCAACCCCAACUACUGCCAGGGCUCUUUGUCCUGGGAACACCUGCGCAUCCCGGGUGUGUUGCAGCGCCUGGCCUGGUCCUACCUGGUUGUAGCGGGCCUGGAUCUGCUGGUGGCCCGAGGUCACCUUGACAUGCUCCCCACGGAGGCAUGGUGGUCCUCUUGCAUGGAUGUCCUGCUCUACUGGCCUGCCUGGAUCUUUGUGCUCCUCCUGGAGCUCCUCUGGCUCUGCCUGACCUUCCUGCUUCCUGUGCCAGGCUGCCCAACAGGUUACCUGGGUCCAGGUGGCAUCGGGGACAUGGGCAUGUACACCAACUGCACGGGUGGAGCAGCUGCUCUGGUGGACCGCUGGUUGCUAGGAGAGAAGCACAUGUACCAGACACCUUCAUCACGGGUGGUCUACCUCACCCAGGUGCCAUACGACCCUGAGGGCCUUCUUGGAAGCAUCAACUCCAUCCUCAUGGCUUUCCUUGGCCUGCAGGCAGGGAAGAUCAUCUUACACUACAGAGAUCGUCCUUCUAGCAUCAUCUCAAGGUGCCUCAUUUGGGCUCUCUUCUUGGGAGUCAUUUCAGCAGUUCUCACCAAGUGUUCCACAGACCAGGGAUUCAUUCCUGUCAAUAAGAACUUGUGGUCUGUGUCCUACGUGACUACACUGGCCUGCUUUGCUUUUGUGCUGCUGUCCGUGUUCUACUACCUGGUGGACGUGAAGAAGUGGUGGUCAGGAGCACCUUUCUGCUACCCUGGCAUGAACUCCAUCCUGGUCUACGUGGGCCAUGAGGUGUUAGAGGACUACUUCCCCUUCCGCUGGCAGAUGAUCAACACUCAGUCUCAUGCUGAGCAUCUCUCACAGAACCUGCUGGCAGUUUCUUGCUGGCUCCUCAUCUCAUAUCUGCUCUACAGGAAGAAGAUCUUCUGGAAGAUUUAGAAGCUUCCAGAAGAUCUUUCUUUGUUUGUUUGUUUGUUUGUUUGUUUUUCUCUUCAUCUUUGCUGAAAACCUCUUUAUGAAGAGAAGGCUGCAUUUGUGUUUCCUCCUUCAUUCUUCUGAACAGGACUCUCAUGGUCCUCACACACACAUGACUUGUCUUCUGAACAGGACUCUCAUGGUCCUCACACACACAUGACUUGUCUUCUGAACAGGACUCUCAUGGUCCUCACACACACAUGACUUGUCUUCUGAACAGGACUCUCAUGGUCCUCACACACACAUGACUUGUCUUCUGAACAGGACUCUCAUGGUCCUCACACACACAUGACUUGUCUUCUGAACAGGACUCUCAUGGUCCUCACACACACAUGACUUGUCUUCUGAACAGGACUCUCAUGGUCCUCACACACACAUGACUUGUCUCCUGAACAGGACUCUCAUGGUCCUCACACAACACAAAUGACUUGUCAGGAAGACCCAAGUCAGACCUUCUCUUGCUGGACUUGUGAGGGACGUGACUUGGUAAGACUUGAUUGAUCUAAGUCAUGUGACCAGAGUGAAGAUGACUUAAUCAUCACUUUUCAAUACAUUAUUUUUCAUCUCAUUUCACUUCUCAGCAUCAAAAGUCUGGAGUCAGUCAACAAUUGUACUUCAACACAUCAUUUGUUUAUUUCAGACAAAUUGAUGCACUUUAAAUGUUACAAUUUUAUUAAAAUGAUUCUUUGCUGUAA